UGUUCUCUUCUUCCCACAAAAUUCCCUCUCUCUCUAUCAGACACACAUACACAGCAGCAGCUGCUUUAAGACUCAAUUUGUUUUUUCUUUCCUUAAAACAACAUUGAUUCCAUUUUGGGAGAUUGCUACAAUGCACUAAGUUUGUGCACUUAUACCGGCGAAGUUGCGAGCUUUUUGCUGAUCUUGUCUCUCCACCAUCUUCCCUUGAAAUGGGUUCUAGAGUCAGGGGCAGGGAGAGCAUGAAAAUGAAGCUUUUCUGGUUUUGGGUGGUCAUGGGAGUGGUUUCUUGGGACGUGGUUGAUGGGUCCGAGCUUCUUCAUUUCAACGGAACGGAGCUUCCAUAUUUGGAAUAUUAUGGAGUUUCUCAAGUUAAUAAUCCAGUCAUGGUUGGACUCACUCUCAUUACGAGUGCUGGAGCUAAAGGAGCUGUCUGUCUGGACGGAACUUUACCGGGGUAUCAUUUGCACCGAGGAUACGGGUCAGCAGCCAACAGUUGGCUCAUUCAAUUGGAGGGUGGAGGAUGGUGUAAUAGUGUUCGAUCUUGCAUUUACCGCAAGAAAACCAGACGUGGAUCAUCUACGUACAUGGAAAAGCAGCUUCCUUUCACAGGAAUACUGAGCAAUAAAGCUGAAGAGAAUCCUGAUUUUUUCAACUGGAACAGAGUGAAGCUCCGUUAUUGCGACGGUGCCUCAUUUGCUGGGGACAGUGAGGAUAAAGCUGCCCAGCUGCAGUUUAGAGGACAACGUAUAUGGUUAGCUGCUAUGGAAGAUUUGAUGUCAAAGGGCAUGCGCUAUGCCAAGCAGGCUCUUCUUUCUGGGUGCUCUGCUGGAGGCCUGGCAUCUAUAUUGCAUUGCGAUGAGUUUCGGGAUUUAUUUCUUGGAACAACAAAAGUGAAGUGCCUGAGUGAUGCUGGAAUGUUCCUUGAUGCGGCUGAUGUUUCUGGUGGUCACACUCUCAGAAACAUGUACAGUGGUGUGGUUAAUUUGCAGGGGGUGAAACCAAAUCUUCCACGUGUAUGUACUAACCAUCUUGAUCCAACAUCGUGCUUCUUCCCGCAAAACCUGAUCGCCAGCAUCAAAACACCACUGUUUCUUCUCAAUGCAGCCUAUGAUGCUUGGCAGCUGCAAGCAAGUUUAGCUCCCCCAUCAGCUGAUCCUCAUGGAUAUUGGCGUCAAUGCACAUUAAACAAUGCAAAGUGUUCCCAGUCGCAGGUUCAGUUUCUGCAAGGCUUCAGAAAUCAGAUGCUGAAUGUAAUAAGACAAUUUGCCAGCUCCAGACAAAAUGGCCUUUUCAUAAAUUCAUGUUUUGCUCACUGCCAGUCUGAGAGGCAGGACACAUGGUUUGCCGAUGAUUCGCCUACAAUAGGAAACAAGGCAAUAGCUCUAGCUGUUGGUGAUUGGUAUUUUGAUCGAGCAGCCAUCAAGGCCAUUGAUUGCGCCUACCCUUGUGACAAAACUUGCCACAAUCUGGUUUUUCACGAGUAGGCCAUCAUUUUUGCUGCCAUUCAUUUACUAAAAUCCAUGAAGCAAUUCAUAUAUUGGUUUCGGAUAGAUCUACAAUUCAUUAAUGAAAUACACUCAAGAAGAAUAAGAUAGUCGUCAUCAGGCUCUUCUUGUCGUAAUAGUAUCAUUCCGCAUAUUAGCUGCUUGGUGUGGCUAAUCUUCUUCUUUGGAUGUCGACAUCGGCUGAUGCUUAUGCUUUUAUUCACAUACUUUAUGAGAAGAAAGAUUGGGACAGGCAAA